UAGUUUUGUGUUUCGUGAUUUGUUGAAAAUUGAAAUCAGGAAAAGGAAAAGAAAAUCAGUGGAAUGGUGUAUGCUUCAAGUUGACGCUGCGUUGCAGCUGUCAUAGUUAAAUAAAAUAAAAUUCAAAAACUGAAUUCCAAAUUUUCGAACCAGAACCAGUAAAAGCAUUUUGUAUUGUAAUUCUUGUAGCAGUUGUUUGGUGUAUUAGAAAAUGGCAAGAGGACAGCAGAAACUCCAAUCUCAAGCCAAAGCGGCCGAACGCGCGGCGAAGGCGAAAAAACAGCAAGGACAUAGCGCUACUGACCAGAAAAAAGCUGCUCAAAAAGCCCUAGUGCACGUUUGUGCUGUUUGCAAAGCUCAGAUGCCUGACCCAAAAACCUACAAACAGCACUUUGAAAAUAAACAUCCCAAAAACGAGGUGCCUCCCGAACUUAAGGAUGUGUAACCGUCGGGGAAAGCCAACUAUAAUUACAGAUGGUGUUUGAUUGUUUUAAUUAAGCACAACUACGAUUUGUUCCAUCAUUUUGUAUUCGUUAUUACUUCUCAUAUAUUUAAUGAUUUGACUUACAUAAAUCUGCGUAUGAAUUAUUUGGGCUUUGGUUUUUAAGUUUUCCGUUUUUCAAUAGCUGUAAUUAUAAUUUUAGGGAUUUAUAGUACAUCUUUUUAUUCUCCCUUUUUAUUUCUAGCGUAGGAUAAACACGAACAAUAAAUUUACAUGCCAUUUCGAUUUGAUCGUUAAUACUAGUUAAAAAAUAAUCUAACUGGAAACUAAGUAUUGAAAAAAUUACCAAAAUGGAAAACUAAUAAAAAAAUUCAAAAGCAAUUUUGACUGAGUCGAACUUCAUUGAAAUACACUUUGUACCUGAACGAUUAGCCUUUAUUUUCUAUUCAAAUUCCUGGCAGUGUGUGACACAUCGUGAGGAAACAGAGAGAAUUUAAUUGCAUAAAAAUAAUUCAUCGCUAACACAAAAAAGUUUAUUUUUCAAAUUCCAAGAGAAUUUAAAAAUAGAAAUAAAAAAUAUACAUAAUUAAAUACAACUUAACAAUACAAUUCAUUCGAAACAAUCAAAAAACAAGCAAACAAACCUAUAACUGAACCUGACUGCCAAAAUUUCAUUAAAAAAUUAUGCACGUACGGUAUAUAUAUUUUGAGAAAAUGCUUCAUUAACAAAGUACGGUAUAAUAUACAAUUACGUCACAUCUACGAAAUUUUAAAUUAUUGGUGUAUACAGGGCGUUUAAAAAAAUUAAUACUACUUAUUUGACCACUCAAUCGUUUUGUCGAAAGAACGAUUGUCGAAUAGAUACAUAAAUAUCACAAGAAAAUACUAGGCGAAUUUAUUAUUUUUUUGAUAAAUAAUUACAACUUAGUUUAAUUAUAAUGCUCCAGUAUUGCCACGUGUAAAUGUUCACAAAUUAUAAAAAUGCUUGUUUUCGAAAAAUUUUAUUUCAGAGGACAAAACUUUUUUCCAAUAUUGCACAAUUGUACCAUUUACUCGCAGCGUUCUGGGCAAAUUUUGUUUAUUUACAAUCCCCUGUACCACUGACAAUUUCACCAAUAUUCAAGAUUAUUAAAAAUAUUUAAGUAGUAAAUAAUUACGAGAAUAUUAAAUCUACGUCAUGGAAUUUAGAAAUGUCACGAUUUUUCUUAAUUGUUCUUGUCAAAUUAAUUAAAAAAAAUUCUGGCAAACCUUAGAGGGUACUCGGGAAAAAAUAAUAGAAAAGCUUUCAUUUUUGCAUCAUUCCAGAACACCCUAUAUAAAGAGAAAGAUGUAUAUGACUACAUAUAAGAUUAUUAUACAUAUAUAAGAAAUUACGUAUCCACAACUCAAAUUAUAACAGAAUGUUUGCUAUUUACUACUCUAAUUAAUAUAAACAAUUUACCGUCCAAAAAAUGACUUUAAACACCUUAAAUGAAUUAUAAUAUAUAGAACAUCCAUUUAAUGCUAUUUAUAUUAUAUGUUAUAAAUUUUAAACCACUACUUGAUUAUAAACGAAUUCAAUAAAUAAAAACUCGAACACAAUUAAGGUGUUAUUUGUACAAAUCUAAUUUUUCAAUAAUUUUGAAAAUUAAUGACUUUGUUAAUAAAAUUGGCGAUUGUUAAAUGAUAGUAAAAACGAUAAAUUACAUUAAAAAAAGUAUUUGCAAAUAUGUAUAUAAUAUAUAAAUACUAUAUGUACCACAUCCACUCUAACAAACACUACUCGAUGUAUAUAGAGGAUCUUUUGCAGAGAGGCUUAAAUGAAUUUACGCGAAACAAAUUAUACUGCAAUAAACAGAACAUGUAUACAAUUACCAUAAAAAAUAUGCAAUGAAAGCUCAUUGUAAAAAAUCCUGUAUACGUGUAUAAAUAUAAAUAUAUCUGAUAACUUUUUUCACAAUGUGGUUUGCUGUUUUAAAUGUCCAAGUUUCCCUUUGACUUCAUGAAAAUUUGGUCUCUUUUCAGGGUUCAAAUCCCACGCCUG